GUCUCAGGCAGCGUGGACCGCGACAUCAUCGGGGUCAUGCAGCGCCAGUGUGAUCGGUGCGGGCCCGACCAGCUGACCUCGCCGCCGCCGACCACCUGCCACUGCGACGCAGGCUCUGCCUGGGUCGGCGCGGCGGCGGGCUUCGCCGUGGGCGUGAUGUCAGACCACCCGCCGGCGCCGAGCUGGCUGCGAUCGCUGAUUCCGGGGGCUCGCCUGUACGUGAGGUACCCGGACGAGGACCUCUGGCACGAGAGGCUUCUCUGCGGGCGCGCACGGGCGGACGGGUGGUCAUGGGUGGCCCUGACACCGACUGGAGACCAGCGCGAGGAGGACUUCGUAGACGCCGCCGAGAUCUUGGCCUGUGGGCCCAAGGGCGGCAUUCCAGUGAAGUUGCAUGGCAAGCACUUGUUCAAGAUGGAGCACCGCUCCAACACACACUACGCGGACUUCAUGGCGGCUGGGCUGAAGUUGGCUGAUGAGUUGGUCAGCGCAGGAGGCGGUGGUCCUGCACCCCCUCCUGAGGCGGGGCCCUGGGCCCCCUUGGCCGACGCCGACGUGGAGCGCGACCCCGCGACCAAGUGGAUCACGCUCGAGUCAAGGUUCGGCUACGCCGCGGGCGACCCGAUCGACGUGGUGGGCCAGCCCUUUCUGCGCUCGGGUGAUCGUGGCGUGCUGGAGCUGGCGGAGGGGCCCAUUGCUGUGGGCAUCUCGGACACCGCGGUCACAGGGCUCACGCCGCGUGCGGGGCCGCUGGACAGCCGCCUGCUGGGGGCGAGCUCGGACGCGACCUCCAUGCGCCAGAGCUUCGCCCAGCGCGCCCAGCUCCUCGAGACGGGUGACAACCAGAAGUGGAUGGUGCAGGGGCCCCCGACCAUGCGCUGGGUCUGCCUCGCGCACGUAGAGGGCAACGCCACGCCCAAGCAGCGCCACUUCUGGUGGCGUCAGGUCCUGGGGCUAGUAUCAACGGACCCUGGGGUCGAGGAGCAUAGUUUCUUGUGCGAGCUGAUCGAGACCGCCGUGGCGAGGGGCGGCCUCAACGUGGCGGCCCUGGAGGCGUUCGAGACGGUGUCGAGGCGCUUCCAGCUCUGGGAGGAGUUCUACGCGGAGGCGUUGCGGAUCGCGGAGGCCAGCGACCACGGGGAUGACCUGGGCGAGAGGAGGCUCUUCCUGGGGAGCCACCGGAGCAAGGGCCUCGCGAUUGCGUCGCCGGAGUUGGAGCAGCACGUCGCCACGAAGCUGCAGGAGGAAAGUGCGGUGCUCAAGGAGCGCCGCAAGGGUCGCGAGGAGCGGAGGCUUGCUCGCACGGACCCGACGCGCCCAUCUACUUCUUCGGGCUCUGGCGCUGCGGCAUCUGGCGCCCAGCAGCCCCCGCGGCAGACCCAGCCUCCAGUCAGGAACUGCGUGGAGAGGUUGCUGGACUUGUCCAACCUCGUUCGCGUCGGCCCCGACAGCUGCGCGCACAAGAGAGGUGGCUGCGUGAGGGCAUCGAGGGCGCUUCAGGGUUCGAGGUGCGGCUAUGCGGACUCGCUGACCGAUGGCAAGGUUGCUGCUUACAGACGUGGUGAAGUCUCACUACCGCAGGGCAAGACUGGAGGCGUGUCUCUUUUGAACUGCCCUGGGCCUGAGCUGCAGGCAGUUUUGGUAAGUGGUCAGGGUCUCCUUCGCUCUGAUCGCGAUCGCGACAACGUUCUUUUAGAUGCUCCCAGGGUGCCGGCUAUGGAUGUCAACUUGGGCAAGGGCGGCGCCGACUACGGGCGCUUCCUGGGGGAGCUGUAUGACCUUGGGGCUAUCGAGGUGCGCGAGUCGCCGCAGGAGGUCUGCGGGCUCUUCUUCGCUCCCCGCAAGGAUUGGCGUCUACGUCUCAUUUGGGACACGAGGCGCCCCAACGCACACUUUGAGGUGCCGCCCUUCACCGCCUCGCCGUCUGGUGAGGCUUUGGCUGCUCUUGAGAUUGACGAGUCGAUCGCUGGGCAGAGGAUAGUGGCACCGAGCGCGGAUGUGGAGGUUUGCUUCUACCAGUGCGAGCUGCCGUCCAACCUCCGCCCGUUCUUCGCUCUUAAGUCUGUUGACCUUCGGUUUCUGCCUCGGCACGUGCGUGGCCAGGUCAGCCAGCAGGCCACCAACGGCCACAUUCAAUUUCAAUCUCGCGUUGCGCCCAUGGGAUGGGCAUGGGCCGUGCACCUCGUGCAGCAGGCGCACAUGUCGUCGCUGAAGGAUGCGAGGCCGCUCGACUCCUGGGUGCUGGACAAGGUGCCGACGGAGCCGAUCAGCGCUUCGCACUUGGCUAAGAUACUCUACAUCGACAACUUUGCGUCCAUCGGUCCCACGCGGGCUCGGCCAGACGCGGCCACUGCUGAUAUGAUCACGUCGUUAGCGGAUGCUGGGGUCAAAUCUGACAUGGGCCCGAGCUCUGGGACGUUUGGGGCGCAUGACCUUCUUGGCUUCUCGUUGGUCGAGCGCCGUGCCACUUGGGCCCUCAGCGCUCGCAAGUUUUGGAAGAUCAAGGGGGCGCUGGACUACGUGGUUUCGUCCAGCCAGGGCUUCGCCGGCGCGGAGAUGGAGCGGCUGCUGGGACACUUGGUCAGCUGCUUCCUGCUUCGACGCGAAAUGCUCUUGCUACUGUACGCGUCGUACACCUUCGCCCAGGAGACCAAGCUGCGCCGGGUGCCCCUCUGGCCUUCGGUCCGCAAGGAGCUCCGGUGGUGCCGUGCGUUGUUGCCGCUGGUGGCCGCGGACAUGUCACGGCCUUGGUCUCCUUUGAUCACUUCCUAUGAUGCAAGUCCCUGGGGAUACGGCGUUUGCGAGACGUCGGUCUCGGCAUCGCAGUCUGGGCAGAUCGGACGGCUGAACGACAGAUCGAGAUGGAAGGGGUUGUUGGCUACCAAUCGUCGGCCUCGGGACGACCUCGCGGAUCUUAACGAUGUCGACGGCGACUUCAAGAUCCCACGAGGUCGGGACACGAUCCUCUCGGCUGGGGCGGCUUCGGGCUUUACCGAGGUGGGUCCUGGAUUUCUGAGAGACGCCGCCUGGGUCACG